AUGAACUACGAAGAGAUUCUUUCGGAAUUUGUCUACGGCACUAGUCAACAGCGGGGAGCAUGGCUCCAUCGUGGUCCUACUGGCAACGAGCCACCAUAUCCUCUCCCUAUCCGGGAGCCGCGGCCUUACCCGGCUCCCAUAGUGGUACCUUCCUCGGGAGGACCGCCCACAGCAGGAGUCGUGGAUGCAGAAGAAGAUUGUGGUGGUGGUGAACCGCCCACAACAGGAGUCGUAGAUGCAGAAGGAGAUUGUGGUGGUGGUGAACCGCCCACAGCAGCAGUAGUUGAUUCACUUGGCUCAGAAUCGGCUCGGGAAUCGGCUCGGGAAGGAGGCUGA